ACCAGGAAGUAGAUCUGCGGAGCUAACCCUGCUAGCUUGAGGAAACAAAAUAUCGAGUAGAAGAGCGAGGAGAUUGGACGACUGGCCUUUCUAUUACCGGCUACGUCCGCAAUAAAUGACGGAAAUGCGGGAAGACACGACGCUGUCAUGGGGACUGUAGCGCUAGAUGCGGAUGAGGAUGUGUGAUUUGGCCUGACAUCCUCGUCUCACUCCUGCUGCUACUUGCCAAGUUGUUACACUCUCGGAACUACCUCUAGCGGACACUUCUCUCUGUCUGCUGUUCACAGUUAGGACGAUGCACAGUGGAGCAGGAUUCCAAGAGCAGUCACCUGCUGCCGGGGACCGGGCGGAGCGUGGGCAGCUGGUCCACACUCUGUCCAACGAAACCUUAGGUUCCCUGGAUGUGUCUGAGCUUGGGAGCCCACGGAACACUCCACACUUUGACCUUCUCAACAUGGUGGUGUCUUACAAGAAAAUGGCACUGUAUCUGGAACCGGUUGCGGACGCGGUGGAACUGGCUCGCUUCCUGCUCGGGUGGAGAAUGCCACUGUGCUCACUGUUCGUCUGCUUGUUUCUCGAUGUCUUCUUCUGCACUAUUAAUGAAGUGGGGUGGUUCUCGAUGUGUGUGGUUGUGGUGACCAUGCCUGCUGCCCUGGGCUACCUGCAGGACAGGUACGGGGGCAAACCUUCGGAGGCUGAGCUCCAAAAGCGGCGAUACCAUGCAGUGCACCGCAGAGAUCUUCAGACGGUUAACCUCAGCAAACAGGAAGCCAUGCUGGAAGUCAAAGACCUGUUGAAGCACCUUGAUGACAUGUUGACGUCUGCAUGUCAAUCAGCAGAAGCACUUUACAAGGUCCUGUACUGGGACAACCACACAAAGUCCUCCAGAUUCUACGGCGCGAUGUUGUUGGUGGUGUGUUUGCUGUACAUCGCUCCUGUGGGCUGGGUGCUUGCAGGGCUCAACAGUACCAUCUUCCUCUGGAAUGAAGACUUUUGUAGAGUUUUAUCAGACCUCAGAAAGGUGUUCCAUGUGGGUCCCGCCCAGGCCUCAGAUGCAGUCGGGGAUGAGCAGAGCCAGAGCAACUUUGUGGACCAAACACCCACACCCACAAGUCUGGAGGACCUGUCACCAGGAAGCGUAGAGGAAGCAGAGGAGGCAGAACCUGAUGACGAAUUCAAGGAUGCAAUUGAGGAAAGUUCAGUUUCACUGCAGGAAGCUCCCAUGGUCUUGGUGGAGGACGACGACGGGCCCCUGGUUGCGCCGGAGUAUGAUACCAUGUCUGAAAACGGCCUUCUAAGUCGAAACGAGCCGAUCCGCAGCAAAGUGUCCAAGUUGACAGAGAAGCUGCGCAAACGUUACCCCACUGCCGCCACAGGCAACUGUUCAAGCUGCAACGCUGUCUUCUCAGUCCUGAAGAAAAGGAAGAACUGCAGUAACUGCGGCAACAGCUUCUGCUCUCGCUGCUGCUCCUUCAAGGUGUUUCGGUCGAGCAUGGGAGCGACAGCUCCAGAGGCCCAGAGGGAAACGGUGUUUGUCUGUGGCCCCUGCAACUCCUUGCUUGUCAAGCUACAAUAAGCUGGAGGCCACAUUCGCUCAUCUCCUGAGGACAGCUCACUUCCUGAUGUCGAGAAACCCACUCUUCACCUGUUUUUUGUUUUUAUGUUUAGGUCACUUGAAUGUAUACCAUGGCCCUCAUCUCUCGGUGUCGGAUGCUCCUUGCCUUUUGUAGUUGCAUCAUCUGUGUGACUUCUACUGUAGUUAAAGUCUCUGAAACUGGACCUCGUGGGAUGGUAAGGCUACUAAUGAGCACAAUGUUUUUAUAAGCUGGACAGUCGGCCGUGCUGAACAUCCAGGGAUGGGCUUUUAAAUGUGUGGGCUUAAGUUGAUCUCACUUGCUGAUGUCGUCGUGGGCUUCUCGAUGGCUCCAAACAAAACAAAUGUAUACACUGUGCACACCUGGAGGACAUUUAGAUGUUGGAGAUUUUUGACAAAACGCCAAGUGGGCUGGAUCCUUUUUUGACGUGCUGCUGGUCAUCGAUGUCAAGUGGGUAUUUAGAGCACUUUUUUUUUUUUUUUUUUUUAGUCGUGUCCGCUUCCCUUUUACAACCUGCAGUCGGAUCAUUUUAAAACGAUUUCCCACGUACAUAUCGGCCCAUACCUUUAUGGCAGUAACUUGACUAGAUGGAUUUGGGUUUUGUGGAUCUAUUUUAUUUCUGCAGUCUUUCAUGUUUUUGGAUUCAUAUUGAAAUAAAUGAGCCAUUAAAUUGGACAAAGGAACAUCUUGUCAAAGCACCAUCGCAGCCUGACACCUCACUGGGGAGCAGGACUUCAAAGGUUCCGCAGCUGGACCUUUGGAUGACCGUUUUAUUCUUUACACAGACACAAUGAUUGUACCUGUUUGGUUUUAUUGUCGUAAUAUAUAAAAAGAAAUUGCGGUUAUUUUCUUCUUUGUCUAACAUUUUAUUUAAAUCUCUGUUUAGGGUGCAUUAUUACAUAUUUUCUGUGUACCUGUACAAGGUUGUCUUUAA